GCCAACAGGGAGAGACCAACCUAAUUGCUUCAGAAGCAUUCUACAUACUUUCUAACUGUAGUGCGGCUUUUAAUAACUAUGUGGAAACUGGUUGUGUUUGUUGUGUGUCUGCUGGCGAAGGAAGUUGAGCCCAUGGAGGACCCAGUGUACGGUGUCAAGCUCUGCGGUCGCGAGUUCAUUCGGGCGGUCAUUUUCACCUGCGGAGGCUCUCGGUGGAGACGGUCACUCGGGACUUCAGCGGAAGACCUUUUAAGUUCCCAUCAGGAGGAGUCCUCAGAGGAGUUGAGCCACAGUUCAGUGAUGGACUCUAUACUCCACAGAAACAGGGAUCUGGAUUUCAUAUCAAGGGAAAACCACGACAGAGUCUUUAGCCGGCCGACGCGUUCUUUUAUCACUGAAGAGAUUCUAGAAGCGCUGCGGAAGGCGGACCGCAAGGGCCGGGAUGUGGUGGUGGGUCUCUCCAACGCCUGCUGCAAGUGGGGCUGCAGCAAGAGCGAGAUCAGCUCCCUUUGCUGAGAACUGUGAGAUUAUUAUCAAACACAAAUAUAUGCACUUAACGUUCAUUAUGAGCUAUUUGGUCAUUUUACAUCAUGCAAAAAGUGAUUUUAUUUGUCAAAAUAUGAACUAUUAAGUAUAUGUCAAAAUGAUGUCAAAUAUUUGUUAACAUAACUGCUGUAUGUCACCUGGUCUUCAAACUCACUUAAUAAAUACUUUCUUCCUGUUAAUAGUUGGUUUGAUGAUUAUGUUUGAUGACUUUGGCAUUGACUGAUCAAGCCAGAGAAGGUUGGGUUAAAUAUUUUAAAGCUUUUUGAAGACAUUAUUUUCAUUCACAUCAUUAAUUACGCUACGCCGGAUAGUCGAACCUUGGAUUCAGGAGGAACAGUGUGGUUUUCGUCCUGGUCGUGGAAUUGUGGACCAGCUCUAUACUCUCGGCAGGGUCCUUGAGGGUG